CCCCUCAACAUGAUUUUGGAUGACGGUGGAGAUCUCACCAACCUAGUUCAUACCAAAUACCCACAGCUCUUGAAAGGAAUUAGAGGUAUUUCAGAAGAGACAACCACUGGAGUUCAUAACCUGUACAAGAUGAAGGCCAAUGGGACCCUGAAAGUGCCAGCUAUCAAUGUUAAUGACUCUGUCACCAAGAGCAAGUUUGAUAACCUUUAUGGUUGCAGAGAGUCCCUCAUCGAUGGCAUCAAACGUGCUACAGAUGUCAUGAUUGCUGGAAAAGUAGCAGUCGUGGCAGGUUACGGCGAUGUGGGCAAAGGCUGCGCUCAGGCCCUGCGGAGCUUUGGAGCCAGAGUCAUCAUCACUGAAAUCGAUCCCAUCAACGCACUGCAGGCAGCCAUGGAAGGUUAUGAAGUUACAACCAUGGAGGAGGCCUGCAAAGAAGGCAAUAUCUUUGUUACCACCACCGGCUGCACUGACAUUGUUCAGGGCAGGCACUUUGAGCAGAUGAAGGAUGAUGCCAUAGUGUGUAAUAUUGGCCAUUUUGAUGUGGAAGUUGAUGCAAAGUGGCUGAAUGAAAAUGCAGUAGAGGCGGUGAAUGUAAAACCUCAGGUGGAUCGCUAUACUCUGAGGAAUGGCCGUCAUAUUAUACUGCUAGCAGAAGGUCGACUGGUCAACUUGGGCUGUGCCAUGGGUCACCCGAGCUUUGUUAUGAGCAACUCCUUCACCAACCAGGUGCUGGCACAGAUCGAGCUGUGGACCAAUAGUGACAAAUACUCUGUUGGAGUCCAUUUCCUGCCAAAGAAGCUGGAUGAAGCUGUGGCUGCUGCUCAUCUGGAUAAACUGUGUGUGAAGCUGACGAAGCUGAGUGACAAGCAGGCCAAAUACCUAGGCUUAUCAAGAGAUGGGCCAUUCAAGCCAGACCACUACAGAUACUGAGCAGGUGGCACUACCCAAAGACCAAAGUGCAGGGAUGCAACCUUCCAAAGUUCUUGUGUGUGCUGGGCUUCUGAGAACAAGUGCUUUGCCAUACUCCUCUCAGUGCUGCAGAACCCCUCCCCUUACCAAGGGAGCUUCAGGGCCUUAUUUGUUAAUGAAAGAGGAUCACUGCCUCUUGGAAUUAGAAUUGGUUACUUAGCUAAUGUCAUGGUGAAAAGGAUUCUAUGCACCUUUUAUUGGCUUCUAAUGUCCCAAUAAGGGGAGCAGGACAGAAGAUUGCUAAAUGAAAAUGCACAGUCUAGUCAAACGGGUGGCUGGCAGCCUCUUCGAACAGACUAACCAAUAAAAUGGGGAACGGUUUCUACAGGGAGAUGCUUUCUGCUGUGCUCUGCUCAAAUUAGAUGAAUCCUAUUAGGUGGCUGGCAGUGUCAGGCUUCUCUCCACAAAAGUGCCCUAGCUGAAGUGCACAUUGUAAAACUGGAGGAAGUAGGGAGGAGUAUAGGUAACUUAAUCUCCUUCCUAUAAAAUCAACUUAAUCUCCUACUUGAAGGUUAGAGCUGGAGGUUUUUUUUCUGGAUUAAUUUACUCCAUUGGUUUUGGCCAGAACAAAGACCCUUUCAUGCUUCUUCCAUAGCAACUCAAGGAGGGGUGAGGCAAGAGUGACUUUGUUUUAGCAGCCUUGUGAAGAGCUGGGAAGCCACUUGAGGGGAUGGUUAGGUUUAGGGACCUUGUUCAAUCCUCUGAAAACACCAGCAGCACACUUCUACCCCCAACUUGAUUUUUGAGUUGUCAUGUCUGCUGUAUCUUGUUUGUCACUGACUCAAAGUGCUUUUAUUAAAGAUCUGACUGUGGCUUGG